AUGGGUUCGACCGAGAUUGCAAAUGGCAGCGAAAAGCUGGCAGAUAAGGUCGAGGAUCUGAAGAUUGAAGAGUCGACAAAGAAUGUGCCAAAGUCAGAACAGGCUGGAGAUGAAGAUGACGAUGACGAAGGUGACGACGAAGUAGCUGCAGAAGGCGGUGAAGAGGGUGCUGCCAAGAAAAAGAAGAAGAAGAAGAAGAAUAACAAGAAAAAGAAGAAGACUGCCGGUGGCAGUGGAGCAGUUCCUACCUCUCAAACAGAACCUCCUACUGUUGGAUUGUCUAAUUUGUUCAAAGAUAAUGUAUAUCCAGAGGGAGAGAUCGUCGAGUACAAAGACGAUAACCAUUACAGAACUACAUCAGAGGAAAAGAGAUAUCUCGAAAGAGCCAGUUUUGACGCAUUCAAUGAUCUCAGAAAGGCUGCCGAGGCACAUCGUCAAGUCAGACAAUACGCUCAAAAGACAAUUAAACCCGGCAUGACAAUGAUUGAGAUUGCUGAUCUAAUUGAAAAUGCUACUAGAGCUCUUACUGAGGGCAAUGGUGACAGUAAGAAAGCCGGACCGGGUUUCCCUACUGGUUUAUCAUUAAAUCAUGUGGCUGCUCAUUACACACCUAACAAGGGAGAUACUACAGUAUUGAAGUAUGAGGAUGUCAUGAAGGUCGAUAUCGGAGUCCAUGUUAACGGACGUAUUCUGGACUCUGCGUUUACACUGACAUUUGACGAUAAAUACGAUAACCUUCUUGCUGCUGUGAGAGAUGCUACUAAUACGGGAGUUCGUGAAGCCGGUAUCGAUGUACGACUUGGAGAUAUCGGAGCUGCUAUUCAAGAAGUCAUGGAGUCGUACGAAGUCGAACUCGACGGUAAGACUUUUCAAGUGAAGCCCAUCCGCAAUCUUAAUGGCCAUAAUAUCAAUCCAUUUGAGAUUCACGGCGGUAAAUCCGUGCCCAUUGUGAAGAGUCACGACCAAACCAAGAUGGAGGAGGGCGAGACUUUUGCUAUUGAGACUUUCGGAUCCACUGGUAAGGGAUACGUUCACGACGAAGGUGAAGUGUCUCACUACGCCAAACGGACCAAUAUUGGCCACGUUCCACUUCGUCUCAACAGCGCCAAGAACCUUCUCGCCGUCAUUGACAAGCAUUUUGGCACCCUGCCCUUCUGUCGCCGAUACCUCGAUCACGCCGGUGAAGAAAAGUAUCUCCUAGCAUUGAACAACCUCGUCAAGUCCGGCAUCGUCCAAGACUACCCACCCCUGGUGGACAUCCCCGGCUCCUACACCGCCCAAUACGAGCAUACAAUCCUUCUCCGACCCACCGUCAAGGAGGUGGUGUCACGGGGUGACGACUACUAA